CUUAGCGUUGCGCAAUCGCAGCCGUGCCCCUCCCCUAUAAAACCACCCACAUUCCUUUGCUGUUUUCCCUCCAUCCCUUUUCGCACCACUGUGAUUCAGCUUACUUCUCUCCCCUUGCUAUUUCUUUCUCUCUCACAUUCUCCGUUUAGGUUUCUCGUCCGUGUUCACUCUGGUCCCAUCUUUUCAAAAUGACGACUUUCGGGGCCCCAAACACUAAUCCGAACAAAUCUUUCGAGGUGACGCAGCCACCUGGUGAUUCUGUUUCAAGUCUUGUUUUCAGUCCCAAGGCCAAUUUCCUUGUGUCUACAUCAUGGGAUAACCAGGUACGAUGUUGGGAGAUAGUGAAGAAUGGAACUGCAGUAAGCAGUACACCCAAGGCGUCAAUAGCUCAUGAUCAACCGGUUUUAUGCUCUGCAUGGAAGGACGAUGGAACGACUGUUUUUUCUGGAGGAUGCGACAAGCAGGUCAAAAUGUGGCCUCUUUUGUCUGGUGGGCAACCAGUGCCUGUUGCCAUGCAUGAUGGUCCUAUUAAAGAGAUCGCCUGGAUCCCAGAGAUGAAUCUUUUAGCCACAGGAAGUUGGGACAAGACCCUGAAGUAUUGGGAUUCUAGGCAGUCAAAUCCUGUGCAUACUCAACAACUUCCUGAUCGCUGCUAUGCAAUGACUGUAAAAUAUCCGCUUAUGGUUGUGGGAACUGCAGACAGAAAUCUGGUGGUAUUCAAUUUGCAGAAUCCUCAGACUGAGUACAAAAGAAUCCAAUCACCUUUGAGGUAUCAGACAAGAUGUGUUGCUGCUUUUCCGGAUCAGCAAGGUUUUUUGGUUGGCUCAAUAGAGGGAAGGGUUGGAGUACAUCACCUGGAUGAAGCACAACACAACAAGAACUUUACUUUCAAAUGCCACAGAGAGAAUAAUGAGAUAUACUCAGUCAACUCUUUGAAUUUCCAUCCAGUACAUCACACUUUCGCGACUGCUGGAUCUGAUGGCGCUUUUAAUUUUUGGGACAAGGACAGUAAACAGAGACUCAAGGCCAUGCAAAGGUGUAGUCUGCCCAUACCAUGCAGUGCAUUUAAUAAUGAUGGUUCCAUAUUUGCUUAUGCGGUAUGUUAUGAUUGGAGCAAGGGUGCAGAAAAUCACAAUCCAGCAGCAGCAAAGACGCAGAUUUACUUGCACUUACCGCAGGAUGCCGAAGUUAAAGCUAAGCCACGAGCUGGAAAUGCGGGUAGGAAAUGAAGCUCCAUGUUAGAAGGCUUUGAAAGUGGGAUCAACUUUUGGAUGAUUUGUUUUAGUGCAAAAGCUAGAUUUCCCUUCCUCUAAUCCUUUUUACUUUGUGUUUGGUCAUCGAAAGAACGUAGAAUGAACUCAAAAAAAAAAAAAAAAAAAGAACGAAUGUAACUCACACUUUGGGUCCCAGUUUUGGUUAAUUUCUUAGGUCUGUCCAGUUUAGCUACGUGAUGAUUCAUGGAUUUAAUGAUUUGAAGGGCAUGUACAGAAUGAUGCCUAUUUUGUCAGCUAUUCUUGUGAAUGGACGAUUGAUGAAUUUUUGGUUUAUGAAGUAGACAUGCUGGUGGCUUCCCUCUUUAUUAGA